AUGCAGCAUAUUUCUUUCAUGCUAGAGAUGCACGGCUCUACUGACCAUAGGAUAUGGCAGAGAUUAGGAGAUGUUACAACGUUAGUAUUCGCCCUUGGUCUUCACCAGCGUGAAGUCGACGAACGAGCCCCAUUCUUUCUGUCCGAGAUUCGCAAGAGAACCAUGGUAGCAGCGUACUCCAUGGAUAAAGAACUGGCAACUUUCCUGGGUCGGCCGCCUCGGAUCUGCCGGCGGUAUUGCAAUUUCCAUAUCCCUCUAGAUAUCGGCUGGGAGGAUCUCCUAGCCGAUGCCUCUACUCGAGAUGCUGUGGUUCAGCGGCUCGACGCUAAUGGCUGGGAUAGUCGGGGCGGCUCCGAGGGUGCAAAGCCCCGUGUCUCUAUGCUUUCAAACAUCUAUCGAGAGAUGAUUCUGGAAUUGUCUUUCAGUCGUGAGAUGGACAAUUUGAUGCAUAAGAUCGAGGAGAUCCGUCAUGAGUCGAAUCAUAUGCGCCUCGGCCUACCAAUUUUCCUGCGUUGGUCUCCCGAAAACGAACAUCCCUCGGCGGCUUCUCUGCAUCUUGAGUUUUUGUAUCAAGAUUUUCUCCUUUGUCAGAUGCUUGUGGAACGCGCAGGAGACGGAUCCAACUCGCUGAUCGAAAAAUCCCUUGAAAUCCUAGUGCUGUUACUGGACAUAGUCUCUAAGCAAACUCGGGCAGGGAAUGUGAGCCAUUUCACCAUCUUUGAUCUAUGCUACAUCGGUCUACCAGCUGCUGGCGUCUUAUCGAAAGAACUACUCCGCCAUUCGCAAGAAUCUGGGGGCGGACACCCGAGAGAAUCAAACUUCGCCCGCUCCGAAAUUAUCCAACGGCUCAGUGUUUUCGCUGCACAAUUAGAAACUUUCUUCCCAAGUAGAGAAGGGGACUACGACACAUGCAUGAAAGGGUUAGCAUUCAUUCGGCAGGUCCUUGACAUUGUCCUUACGCCUAAUACAACUGAUUCGAGCAUGCUUGGGUGCGACGUUGCUAGGGAAGAAGAAAACGAUUUGUUGGCGGGUCCAUGUACAGACGAUAUAGAGCUAUUGGCUUUGAUGGAAGAUUUUGACUGGGAACAGGAGAUGCGCCCUUUCUCUAGUUGA